AUGGAAAAUAUUAAAUCUGGUGAUACUGUUUUGUUGGUUUGGCACAACGCUGAAGAAAACGAAAUUAAUGACAUUGUUAAUGAAAUCCUGAACGUGACAAACAUUCCGCCUAUUCUCGAAAACUCUGCUAUGAUAACAGAAGGGUCGAGGCCUCAGUCAUCUUUUAACAUAAUCUUAUCAAAUUGGCUAGCACCACAUUCUAUCCAACACAAUGACAAUUUGCUUGCAAUUUUAAUCAAACUCUUGAAACCGAAUGGAAAAUUGAUUUUGAAGGACCACAAUGAUAUUAGCACAGCUCUGAAAUUAAAUGGAUAUCUGAACAUAUUUAAGACGGAUAAUAUCUAUGUUGCAGAGAAACCAAAUUUUGAGGUUGGCUCUAAAGCUUCAUUAAAAUUAAAUGGAAAACCAGCUGUGUGGAAACUAGAUGAUACAGUGGAAAAUGCGUGGUCAAAAGCUAAUGAUGAAGAGACAAUUAAUGCAGAUAAUUUGUUGGAUGAAGAUGACCUUAAGAAACCAGACCAGGCAUCAUUAUCAGUUUGUGCGACAACUGGCAAACGUAAGGCCUGCGCUGAUUGUUCUUGCGGUUUAGCUGAAGAGUUGAAAGGAGAAGUCAAGGAUACACCAAAGUCUUCAUGUGGGAGCUGCUACCUCGGUGAUGCUUUCCGCUGUGCGACUUGCCCAUACCUAGGGAUGCCAGCUUUUAAACCUGGAGAGAAAGUGAAACUCGACCUCAAGUCUGAUAUAUGA